UCCCGAAGCUCCGCGGGAGGUGAAGCCGCUGUACUUCCUGUGGCUGGUUGAGAGGCGGGCGCGUGGAGGGAUGUAAAGAUGGCGGAGCUGCAGAUGCUGCUGGAGGAGGAAAUCCCAGCGGGUCGCAGAGCGUUACUGGACAGCUUCACCAACCUCGAAAGAGUCGCCGAUUACUGCGAAAGUAACUACGUACAGUCUCCGAACAAGCACGCCGCUCUAGAGGAAACAAAGAACUACACCACUCAGUCACUGGCCAGUGUGGCCUACCUGAUCAACACACUUGCCAACAAUGUGCUCCAAAUGCUGGACAUCCAGGCCUCCCAGCUGCGCCGAAUGGAGUCCUCCAUCAACCACAUCUCUCAGACGGUGGACAUCCACAAAGAAAAAGUGGCGAGGCGGGAGAUAGGCAUCCUCACAACCAAUAAGAACACCUCCCGCACGCAUAAAAUCAUUGCUCCAGCCAAUCCCGAGAGGCCAGUGCGGUACAUUCGCAAACCUAUCGAUUACAGCACGCUGGACGAUAUCGGUCACGGUGUGAAGUGGUUGCUUAGGUUCAAGGUCAACACCCAGAACAUGAAGAUUGGCGGUCUUCUUCGCACCACACCUCCCACACAGAAACCACCAAGCCCCCCAAUGCCAGGCAAAGGCACCAUAGGGAGACACUCCCCCUACAGAACACUUGAGCCAGUGCGGCCUCCGGUGGUACCAAAUGACUAUGUCCCCAGCCCCACACGCAAUAUAGUGCCCAUUCUGCAGCAAAGUCCUGUGCGCACAGCAUCUGUUAAUCAGAGGAACCGCACUUACAGCAGUGGGAGCAGCGGCGGCAGUCAUCCCAGCAGUCGCAGCAGCAGUCGUGAAAACAGCGGCAGCGGCAGUGUGGGUGUUCCAAUCGCCGUUCCUACACCCUCUCCACCCAGCGCCUUCCCAGCUGCUGGUGCCAGCACACCCUCAGCUACAACUAACUCCACUCAGUCUUCUGUUACGUCCUCUAAUUUAACUCCCACACAACCCUCAGCCAACCCCACCUCAAUCCCUGAAUCUCUCCCCACUCAACCCGACUCCAAUGAGAGCUCUCUGACUCCAGAUAAUGGCUCUCCUCCCUCUCAACCACUCCUCGCUUCAGCUGAAGCUAGUGCUACAUCCAGCACCAACCCUGGGACAGGUGGUCCUCAGUUCUACAGCAUGAACAGGCCCGUCCCCAAACAGAUCGCGCCCACAGUGGGGGGUUCGCUGCCGUAUCGCCGGCCGCCCUCGAUCUCGGGUCAGACUUCCAUGCCCCCCAGCCAGCCGAACGGAGGGCCCUAUUACAAUCAGAACCAAGCCUCAGUGGCCCCCCCUCCACCCUCCGUACUGCAGAUCACACCCCAGCUUCCACUGACGGGUUUUGUGGCUCGCGUACAGGAAACCAUUUCAGAUGCGCCUCCCCCACCUCCCCCUUCAGAAGAGCCGGUGUUUGAGGAGACACAAAACCCAGUUCCACCUCCAGAAGGCUUUGAGGAAGAGGAGUCUUCUGUGGUGGAAUACAGUGACCCUUACACUGAAGAAGACCCACCCUGGGCUCCACAAACGUACUUGGAGAAAGUGGUGGCGAUCUACGACUACAUGCAGGACAAGGAAGAUGAAUUGUCUUUCCAGGAGGGGGCCAUCAUUUAUGUCAUUAAAAAGAAUGAUGAUGGCUGGUUUGAAGGUGUGAUGAGCGGCACUACAGGUCUCUUCCCUGGAAACUACGUGGAGUCCAUCAUGCACUACACGGAGUGAGAGUGUCCUCAGUCUCUCCCCCAACCCUUGAGGCCCACCAGUGCUAAUCUUACACUGCAGAAGAGUGCAUGUGUGCAUACAAACCAUGCUAAUAACAGGCCGUGAGACUUCUGAGAUGAGAGGUGCAACUGAAAAGACGAAGCGAUGUGAAGCUGAACAUCCAGAUGUUGCAGACCAGACUUUUGCACCAAGGACUGAGGAAACACUAUUAGAGAAAUAACAUUGUAAAAAUAAAAGCCAAUAAUCUGUUUACUGUUGAAUGAAGGAUACAGAGUUUGAAGUUCAUGAUAUGCAUAAGCUAGAUUUAGUGUGGGUACAUUGUUUUUAUUUUUUCAUUUUUCAUGACCUUUGCUCAUUCCACAGCAUUGCAGUGUUUUGGAAGGCAGCACGGGGGCUGACUGAUGUCUCUGAAAUGGAUUUGUUUUUUGAACGGCCUGAGGUGGGUUCAGGGAAUGCUUUACAGUGAGGUCACACUCAAAAACGGAGGUCAUUACAUUCAUGUUAUGUUUUAAGGUACAAGGAAUGUGUGGAACUGAACAGAAAGAUUGAAUAUAGAGAAGUAGCUUUCUAUUUAUUACAUGUUGUGAAAGCUCAUGGUUUUUUAAUUUGUCUCUGUAAAGUGUUUUUUAGUAAUUGUUUGAUUUAUUCUCUCCCAUCUAAUUAAAAUUAGUUUGAGCCAGAUGAUAUAGGAAAUAUUUGCACAAAGGUCUCACCUUGGUUUUACUUUUUAACUUGAUCAUUAAAUAUAUUUAAUGUUUAUUUACUUUUAUUCCCUCAUGAGAAUCGGUCAGCCCCAACACACAUGCAGUACUAGACAUAUCCAAUAACCUCAUGUACUUAAAACUUUGCUUUUUUUGUUUGUUUGUUUUACAUUUAAAUAUUGUGUCAUGAUGCUAACCAUUUGGAUAAUCUACGAUAAGUGUAUGUAGUGAUUCAUAGACUGAAUGCUUAAUGAAAAUAAACUUAUUGACAUUUUAA